GACAAACUAGUGCCUACUUUCGUAUUGUACGUCAGAGAUUUUGGCAGUCCGUGGGUGAACUAUUUUCUUCAUUGUUGACCUUUCCUAAAUCUUAGGUGUAAUUAUUUCAACAUUAGAAGUUAUAACCAAUACCUUUAUUGUCUAGUGUAUAAUUAAUUUUUAUUUACGAUGGAUUCUGAGGACGACACAAAGGAUGAUGUUGAUUCUGGUAACGAGUCCAGUGGAGACGAUGUCGACUUUGUCAUGGACGAGACUCACAGUACAAGAGAACGACAAACGGAACUUGAAGAAUAUCCAUACGAAGUGCUUUCCACAGAGGAAAUUGUUCAACACAUGGUCGAUUGCAUCAAAGACGUUAAUACAGUUGUCGAGAUACCAGCAACAACAACUCGCAUACUUCUGAAUCACUUUAAAUGGGACAAAGAAAAGUUGAUGGAACGAUUUUACGAUGGUGACCAGGAUCAGCUGUUUGCAGAGGCUAGAGUUAUAAAUCCAUUUAGAAAACCAGUCAUACAGAGGCCAAAGGUGAAUGAAAGUGGAUUAUUUAUGGAUCAACCUAGACGAAUAUCCAGUUCGGGAGCUGAAGAAUGUGAAAUUUGCUUUUCUAUUUUACCCAAUUCAAUGAUGACUGGGCUGGAAUGUGGGCACCGAUUUUGUACUCAGUGCUGGUGUGAAUAUCUAACAACUAAGAUUAUGGAAGAAGGUUUGGGUCAAACAAUCGCGUGCGCAGCUCACGCGUGCGAAAUUUUAGUGGACGACGCGACCGUUAUGCGGCUGGUCCGUGACGCGCGCGUCAAGCUUAAGUACCAGCACAUCAUCACCAACAGCUUUGUUGAGUGUAACCGCCUUCUCCGCUGGUGUCCAUCACCAGAUUGCAGCAACGCAAUCAAAGUGGCGUACGUGGAGGCAGCCCCAGUCACGUGCCGAUGUGGACACACUUUCUGCUUCGCGUGCGGAGAGAAUUGGCACGACCCCGUACGAUGCUGUCUGCUCAGGAAGUGGAUUAAGAAAUGCGAUGACGACUCUGAGACGUCCAACUGGAUAGCGGCGAACACAAAAGAGUGUCCGAAAUGCAACGUGACGAUAGAGAAGGAUGGUGGUUGCAACCACAUGGUAUGCAAGAACCAGAAUUGUAAGGCCGACUUCUGCUGGGUCUGCCUCGGGCCCUGGGAGCCGCAUGGCAGCAGCUGGUACAACUGUAACCGAUAUGAUGAGGAUGAAGCCAAAGCGGCUCGUGACGCCCAAGAACGUUCCAGGGCGGCCCUCCAACGAUAUCUGUUCUACUGCAACCGGUACAUGAAUCACAUGCAGUCACUGCGUUUCGAGUCCAAGCUGUACGCCUCUGUUAAGGAGAAGAUGGAAGAGAUGCAACAGCAUAACAUGAGCUGGAUCGAGGUUCAAUUCCUAAAGAAGGCGGUGGACAUUUUGUGCCAGUGCAGGCAGACGUUGAUGUACACGUACGUGUUCGCGUACUAUCUGCGUAAGAACAACCAGUCGGUUAUAUUUGAGGACAACCAGCGGGACCUCGAAUCAGCUACGGAAACGCUUUCCGAAUAUCUCGAAAGGGAUAUCACUAGCGAAAAUCUCGCCGAUAUUAAACAGAAAGUGCAGGACAAGUACAGAUACUGUGACAGCCGGCGCAAGGUACUCCUAGAGCACGUGCACGAGGGCUACGAGAAAGACUGCUGGGACUACACUGAGUAAAUGUUUCUCUCGCACAUUAUCACACCACACACCAAACACUUCAUGCAGAUUUUACUAAUUGUCUAAGCGAUAAAAACCCGUAGGAACCAAUAGGUCAGUCCUAAGGGAUUCAAACUGAAUUUAUAUAAAGCAAAUUUCGGUUAUUUAUUUUGUCGCUAGUUUAAUUAAUAAAAUUUGUAGACUAAACGGAAUUGUGUAAAUAUAGGCAACGGGUUGGACUUUUAUUCGUAAUUCAGAGGGAAAUUCUUUUUUAAUAUUGACAACUUCACUUCUGCCUAAACAGUCUUUUAACCUAUAAUUUAAUUAUAGGUAUAUUAAAUUUUCGCACUCAAAUGUCAUAAUAAUCACGUAUUUCGAGCGCUUAGUGCGAGUUGAAAGUGAAACGGAACGGAACUUCGACAUAUUAUGAAACGUUGACCAAACCGUGUCGUUACCAUGGUUACCAUUUUUUUACACGGAGAAACGUAACCAUGGCAACGUACGAUCUUUAAAUUAUGUUUUAUAAUUAGUCUGCCCGUCUAAGGUUAAAAUUCAACUGUGUUUCAUUUACAACCAGCAUUCAGUACUGUUUGUAACAUGACAAUCCGAUUAGGAAUUAGAUUGACGUAGAGAUGUCAUGUUCAUCCGAUGCGAGCAUUGUAACAUCAUAGUUUUCGCUUGUAUAAUAAUUAAUGUAAGAGUAUUUUUGUAAUAUCGGAUCUCCCAUACUAACAUUUCGUAUUGUAACAUAGAUGGUAAUAGUUUAUUUGUCUGAUCUGACUGGAAUGGAUAAAAAUCCGUCUGAGGUAAUUUUAGACGUUUUAUAGAUUAAGAAGACGCUUUAUUUUAAACAUGCGCUGAUAUUGCCCUAAAGUUUGUCUAUGAAUUUUGGUAACAUUUAUAUGCAGUGUCAAGUUUUAUCAUAAAGCGCAUUCUUUUACCUAAAUUGUAUUUUAGUUGCAAUGUAGUUUUUAUUCAGGAAUGGUAUAGUUAAAGUUAUUUUAUUUUCAUGAGUAAUAUUUUCAUUGACUGGUUUAGUUUAAUUGAUCUAUUUUUAACCGGAAUUCUCGACUCUCAAAGCUUAAGAUUAUAUGAACAAAAACCCAGGUAUAAUUUGUAUGAAGGAUUAAAAUGUCUCUUUCACACUCUUACAUGAUGAGCAAGACGGUAUUAUAUAAAGCUUAAAAAGUCCACAGAUUUCGCUUGAAAAUUUAGUGCUAAUAUAUGUCGUACAUUGUGCGUUAUUGCACUGCCAGUAAAUGUGUUAGUUGUUCACAUAGUGGACUUUUAGUAUCGUUUUGCGUCUAUUUCAGAUGUCAUUUAUGUCAACUGACAUUUGACAUAUGUCAGAGGGGACUCUACUUUUUUAGUUAUUGAU